UCGCCUCACCUCCUCUCCACUUUUAUACCCCCUCCAACACACUCUCUCCUCUCUGCCUUCUCUUUCACUCUUUUCUUUCUUUCUCUCUCUUUGGCCACUGUUUUUCCUUUGCUUUUUGGCAGCCAGUUUUUUCUCCGACUGGGUUUUGAUCGAUUUUAAUGGCGGAUCACCAUCACUCUGUGAUCAGCAUAAACUUCGCUAUGUGGGUUUUUGUGAUGGUUUUGGUAUUGGGUUUUUCUGGAAAUUUUCAAGCCGCUCGAUUAGACCGGUGGGAGUCUGCUAUUCGUAUGCCUGUGGAGAAAGAUGAUGAAGCUAGAGAUGGUGAUCAAGAUGUUGGUACAAGAUGGGCGGUUCUUGUUGCUGGUUCAUCUGGGUUUGGAAAUUACAGACAUCAGGCCGAUGUUUGUCACGCAUAUCAGUUGCUGAGAAAAGGUGGGUUGAAAGAGGAAAACAUCGUGGUGUUCAUGUAUGAUGAUAUCGCCAUGCAUGAUAUGAAUCCAAGGCCUGGGAUUCUCAUCAACCAUCCCCAAGGUGAUGAUGUCUAUGCCGGAGUGCCUAAGGAUUAUACUGGCGAGCAUGUAAAUACCAAGAAUCUAUAUGCAGUACUUCUCGGGGACAAGAAGGCAGUGACAGGUGGAAGUGGGAAGGUUGUUGACAGCAAACCCAAUGACAGGAUCUUCAUAUACUAUUCAGAUCAUGGGGGCCCUGGAGUUCUUGGGAUGCCAAACUUGCCUUAUCUUUAUGCCAUGGAUUUCAUAAACGUUUUGAAGAAAAAGCACGAGUCUGGGAGUUACGAAGAGAUGGUCAUCUAUGUAGAAGCAUGUGAGAGUGGGAGCAUUUUCGAAGGUAUAAUGCCUAAAGAUCUUAAUAUUUACGUGCAAACUGCAUCUAAUGCAGAAGAGAACAGCUAUGGAACUUACUGUCCUGGGAUGGAGCCUUCUCCACCACCAGAAUAUCCUACUUGCUUAGGUGAUUUGUAUAGUGUUGCUUGGUUGGAGGACAGUGAAUCCCACAACCUGAAGAAAGAGACAAUAGAACAACAAUAUCAGACUGUAAGGGAACGGACUUCCAAACCUAACGGUUACACUUUAGGAUCCCAUGUGAUGGAGUACGGGAAGAAAAGCAUGAGAUCCGAGAAGCUUUAUUUGUACCAAGGUUUUAAUCCUGCCUCUGUGAACUUCCCUCCAAAUGGUAACCAGCAGAUCACGCCCAUAGAAAUUGUUAACCAGAGAGAUGCAGAUGUUUUGUUUAUGUGGAAAAUGUACAAGAUGACAGAUGAAUCAGAAAAGAAGAAAGAAAUGCUCAAGCAGAUCAAGGAGAAAGUAAGUCACAGAAACCACUUGGAUGUAAGUGUGAAAUUGAUUGGAACACUUCUGUAUGGACCAGAAAAAGGACCGUCGAUCCUGAAUUCCGUAAGAUCACCUGGUCUUCCACUCGUGGACGACUGGGGAUGCUUGAAGAGAGUGGUCCGGUUGUUUGAGUCUCAUUGCGGGUCGUUGACUCAGUAUGGCAUGAAACACAUGCGAGCAUUUGCCAAUAUCUGCAACCAUGGCGCUUUCCAGGACUCAUUGGAGGAAGCUUGCUUGGCUGCCUGUAGUGGCUAUGAUCAUGGUCAAUUGCAUCCUUCAAACACAGGCUACAGUGCUUGAUCCUAAAGGGUAUACAUGUAACAAAUAGAAAUGUCCUAGAUAUAUAUAAGUGGUAAUCCUCAUUUCUAGUACAUAGUUGUCGUUUUCUCAUCUGUGAUGACCCUUUGUUUCAUAGUCGUCUUCUUAUCUAGAAUGUGAGCUUUUGGAACAGUUUGUCCACCGUGAUUGAUUCAAAGGCUCAAUUAUGCUGCUCAGAAAUCAAUCAGCCUCUAGGAUUAUUGGCCCAGAAGAAGACAAGCCCAGUGGGUGUUCGAUCUUCUAUCACUGGGCUGAAUUGAAAAUGCAAGUGGGCUUGUUUUUGAAAUCAAUGGAUUUGGCACUAAAAAUUGGCUUUCUGUUGAUGCUUGUAUGUAUUCGCUUCCAAGGGGCUGGAGUUUUAGUAAUAGUAUUGUUCCUUUUCUUGCCCAAGUUAGGGUUGGAAUGUAGGCAAAUUUGACCGAUGGGCCAUUAGGAUUUAUUCUGAAGGCUUAAUAAUAAGCCCAUGGAUUGCAACGAAUAUCUAAACAAGAAAAUUCCCCAAAAAAAAAAAAAAAAAAAAAGGGAAAAAAAAAAGAA